ACGUAGCGUCUAUUUCAGAUCACCUGUACUACUCUUACUUCUACUCUUAACAUGACUUCCACCGGGCUGGAUGCAUUCCUUUAUCCCAGAGAAGACGUCGCAGAGAGAAAGUUGGUUUAGAAGAAGCAGACAACGCACAGAUGCAGGAUCAGAUCAUUGUUUCGACACCAUGCCUCAAAGUAGUUAAACAGCUCCUCACACUCAUCUCCUAUUACAACCACCUCCCACACAGUCAUCCAAGGAUUUCUGAAGACAGGACUUUGUUUGAUAUUGAGCUGAUAUGGAAUCUUAUUCAAGUGGUUGGGCUUGUGGACGCCAAUGGAGAUUUGUAUUAAGAGUUUUAAUGGAGAACAGGAGAAGACUAAAGAAGAUUUUCAUCGGCAUUUUGGUGGGAGUGACUGUCACCAUUAUUUACCUGACUGCUGAGGAUAAGCCUGAGCCCUUGUAUGGUCCAGGAUAUAAAAAAAACAAUUUCACAGCCUCUCCAACACCUGAACCAAAGUGGGACCCAGGCCCGUAUCAUGUGGCUUACCCUCGGAACUACAGGUUCAUCAUGGAUGACACACCAACGUGUAAGACCACCAGUCCGUUCCUGAUCUUGAUGGUUCCUGUCGCUCCUGCCGACGUGGCAUCCAGGGACACCAUCCGAAGGACGUGGGGGAGCGAGAAACUUGUCCUUGGUCAGCAGAUUGAGACAGUCUUUAUAGUGGGACUGCCUGAAAGGAAGGCUGCUAAGCAGCUGCAGGAUGAACUUAGAGAAGAGAACAAGCAGCACCACGAUCUCAUUCAGAGUAAUUUCCAGGACAGCUAUCACAACUUGACCAUCAAGACCAUGGUUAUGCUAGAGUGGCUGGCUGAGCACUGCAGCAAGUCUACCUUCAUAAUGAAAAUUGACUCAGAUAUUUUGCUUCAUGUUAAAAAGUUAGUUUCAUUGUUACUUGAUCUGAAGACACCUAAAGAAAACUACAUGACUGGUUUGGUAUGGUGGCACAGCCCAGUGUUAAGAAACCCAUUUAUCAAGUUUUAUAUGCCAAAAGACGUAAUAGCAGAAUCAGAGUACCCACCCUACCCUCUUGGCAUGGCUUACGUCAUGUCGUUGGAUCUACCUAAGAAAAUCUUGUCUGUUUCCCCUCAAAUCAAACCCAUCUACAUUGAAGAUGCAUAUCUGGGGAUGUGCCUGAAACGCCUGGGUAUCUCCCCCACUGACCCUCCUGAUGAAAGCAUGUUUCAGGUAACCCCCCAGCAUCCUUUGAGCAGCUGCGAUCUCUCAAAAGUCAUCGCCAUGACUACGACAAGUAUUUCACAAAUGCAGGUCUACUGGCAGAGGAUCCAACAAGGAGUUCAGUGCGGAGCAUAGUUGGAAAGUUAUCCUUCUGGGUGGUUUGUAAGUUUUCCCAAUGAUUCUGAAACAUGGAAGGAAGUGUGUCUGAUUUGCUAUCUAUUUGAAUUAAGGUUUAAAUUUUUUUUUAAAGUAAAAUGAAUGGAGAACCUGUCUGUCAUGGUUGUUAACGUACACUGAUCUGAGGAUUUAUUUCCUCUUCACCAAGCUUACAGCGAUAUUUUUGCAAUUACUGACAAUAACAAAAAACAAAGUGUUCUUUAUAUACUACAUAGAUUUGUACCAUAUUGACAGGAACACCAUCACUGUGGCAGGGAUAUUCGGUAAAGUCUUGAUUGCAAGGUGAUUAAGGAUAGAAUAACUGCUCUGUUACACAACUUGCUGGGAUGCGCUCUAAGCCGCCAACAGAUGUUGCAAUUUUU